AUGUAUUUUGAUGUGAAUGUGAGCAGCAGAUUCCCAGGAUCUGAGAUUGGUAUUGUGGAGGAGCUCGGGCACGACGGGAUCUGCGUAAACACCGUGAUUACUCCAGAGAUGGUGGAGGGAUACAGGCGGCCUCCUCUCGACCUCUGGGGGGAUAAGAAGGUUUACGAAAGAGUGGAGGUGGUACGAUACAGAGACGGCGGUGGUGGAGUUGAUGUCAGGGAGAAGCUUGAUCCUGACUUGUUGGCCAUAAGGUUAGAAAGGCCGGAGGAUUUCAAGGAGGUGGUUAAGGUCUCUCCAGAUGUGAUUACGUUCGACUAUACUAAGAGCUUCUUGAUUGGAAGGGAUGAGGUGGUCGAGGCGACGAAGAGGAACAUAUUCUUUGAGAUUCCAUUGGUGCAUGGGAUGUAUGGGUGUGGAGACAAGUCCAUGUGGAUGAGGAAUGCUAGAAGGUUGCUGGAAGCCACUGGUGGAGUGAACGUUGUGGUUGGCAGUGGAGCAGCAUGCUCUACAGAAAUGAGGAGCAGGCAAGACGUCAUAAAGAUACUGGAGGGCCUUGGAAUGAGCAGAGACGGCGGCAAGAGGGUGCUAUUGAACUCUGCAAGGCUGGUCAGGUCCUGUGAUAUAAGAAGAGGAUAUGUUGUGAAGAGAAAGAUGUGA